UUUAGAGAAAGAGCGAAGUUACGAAGAUUAGUCACGUGAUCAUUCUUAUAGGGCAAGAUGGCGACCAAGUCAGGAAAUCCUUUUAGUUUCUUAGUGAAACAACUCAAGGUAGAUAAUAAGACUUACAGCUACUUUCAUACUGCUGAACUAGGCGAAGAACUUUCUGACUCCUCAUUUUGUCAAGCCAUUACAGAAGUUGGGGGUAAAGAUUUUACAGACAGUCCUGCUCUGAGGCAAGAAAAACUUAGUCGUCUCCCCUAUUCAAUCAGAAUCUUGCUGGAAUCUGCUGUGAGAAACUGUGACAACUUCCAGGUCCUGUCAACAGAUGUACUUAGGAUUUUAAACUGGGAGGAACAGCAGAAGGCUCAAGUAGAAAUUCCAUUCCGACCUGCAAGGGUCAUCUUACAAGACUUCACAGGUGUGCCCACAGUUGUUGACUUUGCUGCCAUGCGUGAUGCUGUUAAACGAUUGGAUGGUGACCCAGAGAAAAUCAACCCAAUCUGCCCAACAGAUUUAGUUAUAGAUCAUUCAGUACAGGUGGAUGUCUCUCGCAGCACUCCAGCCCAGCCUACGCAUACACCCAACCCUGGUGGUGGACUUGGACCACGCCUUCAGACCACGCCCUCUUCAACCACACGUGGACUUCCCCCUAUCCCUUUGAGUUGUCCACAUAGCCAGUUCCCCAUCUUACACACAACAUGCCCAUUCCAUUGCCAAGAGACCAAAGGUGCUGAUGCUCUGGAGCAGAAUCAGGAGUUAGAAUUUGAGAGGAAUAAAGAAAGGUUUUUGUUUUGUAAGUGGGGAGCUCAAGCAUUAAAAAAUAUGUUGAUUGUCCCACCUGGUUCUGGCAUUGUUCAUCAAGUCAACCUGGAGUAUUUGGCUCGCGUUGUUUUCAGUGAUGGUCAGCUUUUGUACCCUGACAGCCUAGUGGGCACAGAUUCACAUACUACAAUGAUCAAUGGGCUUGGUGUCCUGGGCUGGGGUGUAGGUGGAAUUGAGGCUGAGGCAGUGAUGUUGGGCCAGGCUAUUUCUAUGGUCCUUCCAGAAGUUGUUGGCUACAAGAUAACUGGCAGCCUCCACCCAUUGGUCACUUCCACUGAUGUGGUACUCACCAUUACCAAGCAUCUACGUCAGGUGGGUGUUGUUGGCAAAUUUGUUGAAUUUUUUGGCCCUGGAGUAACCAGUUUGUCCAUUGCUGAUAGGGCCACCAUAUCCAACAUGUGUCCAGAAUAUGGAGCCACUGUUGGCUUUUUUGCAGUGGAUGAAAAAUCAAUUGACUACUUAAAACAGACAGGUCGUGAUCCAGACAAAAUAACUGUCAUAGAAAAGUACCUUAAAGCCAACAGUUUAUACAGAGACUACACCAACGCUGAGGAGGAUCCACACUUUUCUCAGGUUGUUGAACUGGACUUGUCCACUGUUGUUCCUUGUUGCUCCGGGCCCAAACGUCCUCAUGACAAAGUGCCAGUGACUGACAUGAAGUCAGACUUUAACACCUGCUUGACCAACAAAGUUGGCUUCAAGGGUUUUGCCAUAGCUGCAGACAAAGUUAAGACCAGCGUUCCAUUUGUCUAUGAGGAUGUGGAGUACAGUCUCAAGCAUGGAAGUGUUGUCAUUGCUGCUAUCACCAGUUGUACCAACACCAGCAAUCCUUCAGUCAUGUUAGGGGCAGGUCUGGUUGCUAAGAAAGCUGUUGAGGCUGGACUGUCAGUGUCACCAUACAUCAAAACAUCUUUGUCACCUGGCAGUGGAGUUGUUACUUACUACCUGCGGGAAAGUGGCGUCACUCCAUACCUCGAAAAACUAGGGUUUAAUAUUGUUGGCUAUGGCUGUAUGACGUGUAUUGGAAAUAGUGGGCCCCUCCCAGACCAAGUUGGUGAGGCCAUUGAGAAGGGUGACCUAGUGGUGUGUGGUGUGCUAUCUGGAAACAGAAAUUUUGAGGGACGCAUCCACCCACUGACCAGGGCUAACUACCUAGCUUCACCUCCUUUGGUCAUUGCUUAUGCUUUAGCUGGCACAGUGGACAUCAACUUUGAUGAUGAGCCAUUAGGUGUUGGCAAAGAUGGCAGCCCUGUGUACCUGCGAGACAUUUGGCCAACUAGAGAUGAGAUCCAGGCUGUGGAGAGACAGUUUGUUGUACCUGCCAUGUUUCAAGAUGUCUAUUCUAAAAUUACUGAGGGCAGCAAGAGAUGGACAAGCUUAGAGGCUCCAGCCAGCAGCUUGUACCCCUGGGAUGACAAAUCUACUUACAUCAAGUCCCCUCCAUUCUUUCAAGCUAUGGAAAAAACUGUCCCCGAUGUGAAGCCAAUAAUUAACGCUGCUGUUCUGUUGAACUUUGGAGACUUUGUUACCACUGACCACAUCUCUCCAGCUGGUAGCAUUGCAAGAAACAGCCCAGCUGCUAGAUAUCUGGCUGCCAGAGGGCUAGUCCCUAGAGAGUUUAACUCUUAUGGUGCUAGACGAGGCCAUGAUGAAGUUAUGGCUCGUGGAACAUUUGCUAAUAUUAGACUAGUCAAUAAAUUUUUAAACAAACCAGGGGCAAGGACAGUGUACCACCCCACAGGUGAAGAGAUGGACAUUUUUGAUGCUGCCCAGCUUUACAAGAAAGAUGGAACCCCUCUAAUUAUUCUAGCUGGCAAGGAAUACGGCUCUGGAUCCUCAAGAGAUUGGGCUGCUAAAGGGCCCUGGAUUCUGGGUGUGAGGGUUGUGCUGGCUGAAAGCUAUGAACGUAUACAUCGCAGCAACUUAGUGGGUAUGGGCAUCAUACCGCUUCAGUAUUUGGAAGGUCAGAGUGCUGACACACUGGGGCUAAGUGGACAAGAGAAAUUCAGCAUACAAUUACCUGAUGACCUUCUGCCUGGCAUGAUUGUAACAGUACAGCUGAAUGAUGGCCGGACAUUUGAAACUAAAAUGAGGUUUGACACUGAAGUGGAGCUGACCUACUUCCGUCAUGGUGGAAUUUUAAACUAUAUGGUUCGCAAAAUGCUAUAGGACUCCUGAUUUUAAUAACAUGCAUUUAACUAAGCAUUUUAAGCGGAAACUUUAUUUUACUCAAAUGCUCUUGAUUUAUUGUCUUCUGAAAUGGAUUUACUAAGCAUUGUAAGAAUGUUUUAUUUUAAUAAAAGUGUAUAAGUUUUAUAUCAUUAUGGUCUCCUGAAUGGACAUGUAGUGCACACUUUUAAACAUCAAAUUGCUUAUUUUAGCUAUGUAUUUAUGAUGCUGGAAUUGUUGAUGUAGUCAGAUUGUUUGAUUAAAAAAACUUAUAUAUUGACUACAAA